AUGUCUUCUAACAAACGGAAAAGAAGUUCUACCUCUGUGGCGUCGACAUCAGGUCACUCAAGGAGGAUUUCAUUUCCCAUUGAUGUUGAUGUACUACCUGUUUAUUAUGAUUGUGGUGAUUGCUCCUGUGUAUGCGAAUUCUGUGGUGCUUUAUUUUGGUUUACUGAAAGAGUUCUUCGAUAUUCUCGAGUUAAUCACCCACGUUAUACUCAUUGUUGUCGAUCGGGUGAUGUUGUUCUUCCAAAUCCUAUUACUCCGCCAAAUGUGUUGUCUCGGUUUUUUGAAGAUGAUAGUUUUAUGCGCAAUAAUGAAGUUGUUAAUCGAAUUUGUGCUUUUCGUGAAGACAACAAUGUGGUUUUAUCUGCAGAUAUUGUCGCUUGUCUGAGUGACAUGUUAACUGCAAACAACGAAUAUGUGCGUACUUUUAAGACAGCAAAAGAAAUUUCGCCGUCUAUGAGUUUGGAUUCGUAUGCUGUUCGUCUAUUUAACACUGUUCCUGAUAAGAGAUAUGGUCCCCCGGCUGCCGGUACUUUGGGUUGCAUCGUUUGUGGAGAUGAUGUUGGUGGCGCCUCCUAUGAUGUUGUCAUAUACUCAAAGAUAGGUUUACCUCAACGUAUAAGUAAAUUACAUCCAAGUUACAUGCCUUUGAUGUAUCCCCUAUUAUUUCUGUACGAUGAAGCAGAUAAUACAACUAUUCCUUCUUAUUCGUUAUCUGAAUUUGCUUCUUGGCUCCUUGAUAUUGGAAAUGGAAAUAUUGGUGUUCCAGAUGCAACCGAUCCAGAAAACACAAAAGUUAUAGAUAUACCUCCCAAAUUUAUCAUUGACACAACGAAAGGACUUCAAUCACUUAUAGAUUUUGUAUAUGGAAGUGAAAUAUUGGCAAACCCAUCACCUGAAAAUUUAUCAGAUAGAGCCAUUAUUUGUCCGAAAAAUGAAACUGCAUAUAAGGUGAAUGCUUUCAUCUCACUGAAGAAUACAGGUCAUCAAAUUGUGUAUAACAGUUCAUCUCGCAUACACAAGACACAAUCGAAUUAG